ACGCACGUACACGUUGGCGAAAAUUACUUGACAGCAACAUCCAAAAUGUCUGGACAAGAACAAAUGGAUAUUGAGCUAUUCGAAAUUCGAACUGCUUUGUAUAUUGGAAAUUAUCAGCAUUGUAUAAACGAGGCACAGAAGUUGAAGUCGAACAAUCCAGAUGUGAGAGCCGAGAAGGAUGUAAUAAUGUACAGAGCCUAUGUGGCUCAAAAGAAAUAUGGAGUGGUUCUGGAUGAAAUCACAUCUAACCAUCCACCAGAACUUCAGGCUGUGAAGAUGUUAGCUGAUUAUCUGUCAAAUGAGAGUAAAAGACCCUCCCUAGUGAAGGAAGUGGACUCUAAGAUGACAGGAAGUGUUGAUAUCAGUGAUAAGACCUUAUUACUUAUGGCUGGGACCAUCUAUUAUCAUGAAAAUAACUUUGAUGCUGCCUUGAGAGCUUUACACCAGUCUGAAUCUUUAGAGUGUGCGGCCCUCAUGGUUCAGAUUUUGCUGAAAAUGGAUCGCGUUGAUCUAGCAAAAAAGGAGUUGAAGAGGAUGCAGGACACUGAUGAUGACAGCAUUCUCACCCAGCUGGCUCAGGCUUGGUUCAAUCUGGCAGUGGGAGGUGACAAGUACCAGGAUGCGUACUACAUCUUUCAGGAGCAAGCAGACAAACACUCAUCAACCCCGCUGUUACUGAACGGUCAAGCAGCCUGCUACAUGGCCCAGGGCAAGUUUGAGGAUGCUGAGGGAGUACUACAGGAAGCCAUGGACAAGGACAGCAAUAAUGCAGAGACCCUGGUGAAUAUGGUGGUCCUGAGUCAACACCUAGGCAAGCCUCCAGAGGUCAGUAACCGUUACAUCUCCCAACUGAAGGAUUCGCACAGAGGUCACCCAUUUGUGAAGGAUUACUUGCAAAAGGAGACGGAGUUUGAUCGAAUUGCCAAGAAUUAUUCCCCAUCAGUAUCUGCCUAGAAGUUGACAAAACAAGGGAAGUCUAAUUGGCAACAGCAGAAAGAUUUGACGUGGGGUGGUCCAUUGUCAUCAUUGUCAGCGUUUUCCUUUCCAUUUCCAUUUGUUUCUUUGGUGUAAAUACAAUAGAGACAUUUCUGUAUAAUAUUUAAUCACGACCAUGUACAGGUACAUCGUUAUGUAUGUUGUCAAGAGUAAACAUGAUUAUACUGUAAAUAA